UUUUUUUCUUCCUAAAUCAUUUCACCCAACUUGUAACUCUGUGCGAGUGAAGAAGCUAUGCCGGGUGAGUGAGUCAUUUUUUUUGUCUCUGGUGGGUCCAUCCUCUUCUCCUCUGUGAACCUUUAUAAGUGUUAUAUGAGUCAUUGAGAAAUGACCCCGGGAAAAAGAAAAGAAAAGAAACUCACAGCUAUUGAAUUUCACUUCACUUCACUUGCAUGCCAAAUGAAAACAACCUCUUCCCAGAAUCUUGUCGGUAUUUAACUCCCUCGAUUUCACAACACCCAUAACAAUGAGAGUUUCAACAGAGACAGAGCCGGAGACUAAAAAGAUAAAACGCAUUCGCGGCGGCGGGGACUCGAGCAAGCACCCUUUGUACCGCGGCGUGCGGAUGCGGAACUGGGGGAAGUGGGUGUCGGAAAUCCGCGAGCCGAGGAAGAAAUCGCGGAUAUGGCUAGGCACAUUCCCCACGCCGGAAAUGGCGGCGAGAGCGCACGACGUCGCCGCUCUCAGCAUCAAAGGCCCCGCCGCCAUUCUCAACUUCCCUCACUUGGCCAACUCGCUCCCCCGCCCGGCUUCGCUGGCGCCGCGCGACGUUCAAGCCGCGGCGGCGAAGGCGGCGCACAUGGACCCUUCCUCCCUCUCCUCCUUGGUCUCCGCAAUGGACUUGUCCUCUGCCUCUGACGAGUUGAGCCAAAUCAUAGAGCUUCCUUCUUUGGAAAGCACCGAUGAUGGCUCUGUUGACUUAAAGAAGGAGUUUGUUUUUGUUGAUUCCCUUGAUGCUUGGAUGUAUCAGCCACCCUUUGGUUUUGACACCGAACAAGACACUGGUUUCGAGGGUUUGAUGUGGAAUUACUAGGUUCGAUCCAAGUUUCUAUUCUAUGUCUUGUGUUUGUAUAAAUUUAUAUCGAUCUCUUUUAUGUUUUGGUUUGUGUGUGUCUAUAAGCAGUAAGCAGCCACUUGUGGUUUUUCUUUCGGGGGCUGCCAGUGCUACUGAUCACUCUCGUAUUCAUCAUCAUGUCUCUGUGUCUUUUUCUUAAUUCCUCUGAUUUUAAUUGUAAAUGGCUAGAUGAAUAAAGUAAGAGGAGAAAUUUUCUGUAACUUGUUUUGGUACAAAAUGUUUUACUCUUCUUAAGAUUGCGUAAUCCAUGAAAUGGAGUUUGAGAUGGGAAGUACUAA